UUGACUUCAGCUUCUGCACAAGGUUUUUUGGGUUUAGCAGUAUUCUUGCGUGGUGCUUCUGUUAUCCUGCGUCAUCCGUAAUUUUUCACAGCUGCAUUUGCACUUUGCAGUUCUAUAUCUCCCGGGGAUAUAUUUUGUUUGUCGUAUGUCCAUCCAGAAUCUUAACACAUUCGACCCCUUUGCAGAUGCAAUCAAGGGUUCAGAUGAUGAUGUCCAAGACGGUCUCGUGCAUAUAAGGAUCCAGCAACGGAAUGGUCGUAAGACCUUAACAACAGUACAAGGACUUUCAUCUGAAUAUGACUUGAAGAAAAUAGUGAGAGCAUGUAAAAAGGAGUUCGCCUGCAAUGGGACAGUAAUCGAACACCCGGAGUACGGAGAGGUGUUGCAGCUGCAGGGGGACCAGCGAGAAAAUAUAUGCCAGUGGCUAACAAAGUCAGGUCUGGCCAAACCUGACCAACUUAAAGUCCAUGGUUUUUAACCAACAAACAUCCAUGCCACUAUCUAAGAACACUCCACCUUCAUCAACACCUUAUCAUCUUAAAUUAUCUGUAUCAGUCACUAAUACUUGUUGAUACAUCGUGAGAUAUCCUAUUAUAUACACAUAUAUAUUUCAAUAAAAAAUAUAUAACAGUAACGAUAUAGGCACAAUAUUCUAAUCAGACAUUUGUAAGAUUGUAGGAAGCAAUAUUUUACAGCCUUAUGUUAGGUGUAAUCCACUAAACUCAUCACGUUUUAAAGUAGUAGUGAUAACUAAUUAGUGAUUUGAGAAAAUACUUAUACAAGGAAUAGAUACAAAUAGCAACGGAUGGAUCUUCUUUUUGGGAUUAGGUAGUAUGUAUCUCGGCGCUAUAGAUGUGUUCAGAGAGGAAAGGAGAGGGAGAGAGAUAUAUAUAUAAAAAAAAUUAUUUUAGACCCUAGAUUGGCUUAUUGUGUGUAAUGCUGAAUGCUUUGUUUUGUUUAUACAGUAAGGUAACAGGCCUGGUUUUUACAUUGUCGUUUCCAAGUUUUGUGCCUUUAAUUCCAUAUUGAUUGUAUUAUUUAUUGAAAGGAUCAUCUUUAAUUGUAAUGGAUUUAUUUUGAGGGAGAAUUGCCAAUUUUUUUCUUUUUUUGAAACAGUAUUGACAACAUGAAACCAAUUGUUUUAGAUAAGAAUGUGGCUGUUCUAAAUAAAUGGUAAUUCACCGCUA